AUACAAUACACGAUUGCAAAAGCCACAGGACCAAACCAAAAACACAGAGGAUUGAAAACAAGAUAAGAGAAAAAAAAUAAUGGCAACACUCAUGGCUUCUUCAGUGGGCAUCUUGAGCUCAAGAACACACCUUUCAUCAUCUACAAGACCACCCAUUUCACCGUCCCUCAAGACGACGUCGUUCGCUUCAGUCGCUGACCUGCGUUUCGUUUGUUCUCAAUUGAGUGGUCUUCAAAUAUCACACACUCAUUCUGCUCAUUUGGUCAGGCCCAUCUGUGUGCCACCCACUAAGCUCCCUCUUCAGCCUGUUGCUCGUAGGAUAUGCCCCUUCACAGGAAAGAAAGCCAACAAAGCAAACAGGGUUUCACACUCAAAUCACAAGACUAAAAGGUUGCAAUUUGUGAACCUACAAUAUAAAAGAAUUUGGUGGGAGGCAGGAAACCGCUUUGUAAAGUUGCGCCUGUCAACGAAGGCUAUAAAGACCAUAGAGAAGAAUGGACUGGACGCAGUCGCUAAGAAAGCUGGGAUUGAUCUUCGCAAGCUAUAGAUCUGUAUAACAAUUUUUUCUGCCUUAUCUUCGAUACGUUGCAAUUACAAUUGCUUUUCGAUGAUGUUAGUUGGUAGCUCUGUAAUUUUGUUCAGCCACAAUCUGUUUUAAAUUGAAGGGAAAUUACAUUGUGUUCA